AUGUCCGAUCCAUACCAUCACAUAUCUAAGAGCUGCUUCCACCGCCGUAUCAAUGUCGAUACCGCAUAUGGCCCGCUCAACAUCACUUUCGCCGACAUUGGGUGCGAAAAGGGUCCCGCAAUACUUUUCAUGCCGGGUAUGUUCGCUUCACGCUAUCUCGGCAUCCCGUUGCAUGUAAUCGCAGAACGUGCUGGUGUGCGCCUGCUCGUUAUUGAUCGGCCGGGCAUGGGCGCUUCAACCGACGUCCCGCUCGCUGAACGCGUUGCCGCAUGGACCGACAUGCUGCCGCUUUUCCUGGCGUAUCUCGGAAUUUCACGCGUGAGCCUUGUCUCACAUAGUGCUGGCACUAUUUAUCUGCUCAAUACAUGGGCACAGUGUCGUGACUACAUCAACCCGGUCAUGGCAGUAAUAGCUCCUUGGGUUGACCCCACAUACUCGCGCGUGAAGGUGAUGCAAAUAGCACAGUAUGUGCCAACUAAAGCAUUCGCAUUCUGGAAUAAAAUUCCACGCUUCUUUGUAACUCAAGCUGCCCCUGUGCUAUCGGCCAGUGGAGCCCUCGUUCGUCACAUGUCGCCUUCUGGUAGCAGUGAUUCCCAUGAAACGGCCGAGGACCUCUCGUUUCUAAAUGAUAACUGGCGACGAGUCGAACGUGACUAUGGCGUACCUCUCCUGGAGCAGAAGGAACUCGCCCAUCUUGCUAUCCGUUUUAUGCACACCGAGAACACUGUCGGCGCCAAUAGCGAGGCUAUGCAAGUUCUCCGCAAAGAUGGGGGUAGUAGCUGGGGGGUCUGCUCAGACUAUGCGGAAUGCGCGCAAGCUCUAGCGGUCAACAGAUUUACCCUCCGUGCGUAUUUUGCUGCAACGGACGCUCUGGUCGGCAAGCAGGGACAGAAGUAUUUCGAAGAGUGUUGGCAGGCCGCUGGGAUCGAGGCGAUUGAUUUCGUCUCCACAACAAUUGAAGGAUCAGAUCAUGAUACCAUAGCGCAGUCAGUGGAAGCCUGGGAGGAUAUAUUCUCCUUCCUAAAGGUUCCAUUAACCACGGAAACUUCUCCGGAUGCAGGGCAUUAG